GUAUCUAAUCCUCUAAGCCUCGAUUUCCCACUCCGACCUCCUCGUAGUCCUCCUUCCUCAGUUCAUAUAAUGCCCAGGUGAGGCAGAAACGGCAUCUCUCUCCUGUCCCUCCGAUCCUCUGCGUCAGUAACACUGCCUAGUAGUAUAGGUCUCCUAUGCAACAAGUCUCCGCCUUGUGGGGAAAGAGGGGCAGUGGGACUUUGGGCGUCCGCGAAGGCGCCCAAAGAUGCCAAACCCAGCUUUAAAAUAACUUUGACCCUCUGAGAACCAGGCGCGCCUCCUCCCCACAUAGCGGGGCGGGGAGUCCACAGCACCUAGCUCCAAAGCAAGGUGAGAACAUUUGAUUUUCAUUCACCCGCCCGCGAUUCAGCUUCUUCCUUUCUGCGACUAGAAACGAAAACUUUAUUCCUACGCCACGCAGGGGACCUUCAGGAACCCAACAAGUUUGGGGGUCAGCCCUGCUGAAGCACUGAGAAGGCCCUCCAGGCCGGCGGUCCUCCUCCUUGGCUACCAGCCCCAGAAUAUAGGAAGCCUCCUUCCUUCCCUAGGGGGAACCUGUCCCGCGAUUUCCUGGGCUUCUCGACUGACAGCCUGAUGACGAAUCCCGCCCCCGCGUCCCGAAGUGUGCGUCACGUUCCAUUUGUAACCCUUAGAGUUCCGCGCUAUUGUCCCGCUUCCGUCCUCUCCCGAAUCCCUAACAGUCGUGGACUUCAGGAUGUCCGGGCCCAACGGGGACCUGCCUAUGCCAAUGGAGAUUAUCCUCGAAGAAGAGGACAACUGCUUGGGGGAAGCAGGUAACGAACUAGGUGAGGAAGAUGAGCUUCAGCUUUGUGGGCCGGCCGCGAUUCUGCGGCUACUCCGUGGGAAGGACACUUACUAGGACGGGGAACCCGGACAUGCCCUUCGGAGCUCCCACCGGUCCUGGCACCCCAGGUGCUAUCUCUCUUCCGCCGCGGGGAAUCAGGAGUGCGGGCUUUGCUCCUGCGCCUACCGCCCAGCCCGGAAUGACCCCUCUAAAAUAUGCAGCCAUCAACUCUAUGCUGGACCAGAUCAGUACCUGCUUGGAUCAGCUGGAGGAGAAGAAUGACCAUCUUCAUGCCCGGCUCAAGGAGCUGCUGGAAUCCAACCAGCAGACGAGAGUGGAGUUUCAGCAGCAGCAGCAGCUCAGUGAGGGUCCACCUGCAGCUAAGCCCCACUCAUAGACCCUGCUGGAGGACGUCCCUUAGCCUCUCCUUUCCACAGAGCCUCAGGAGCUCCUGUCCUGGAGAAGGCAUCUGCUGGGUGAGUCAGUGGCUCUUCUUACAUCCCUUCUUAAAGGGACAAGGAUGCUUUCACAACCAACAGGAUGCAAACACCAUCCGGACAGCCACAAAGAUCCCAUUAGGCUUGGGUCCUGUCUUCAGUUAGUGUUCUAGACUGUUGUCUCCCAUUUCCUCAUUUGUAUUUCCUGGUCCCUGGGCCCAAGUUAUCAGAUUGAUCCCAGAGGAUCACCUGUGACUGGAAUAAUUGUCUAUCUGAGGGGAGAUUAGUUGCUUGAAUAGUUACCUCAACCCGGAUGAGGUUGGAAUCCCCAGGGUCAGAGUGUGGAAGGGAACAGGAUCAGUAUCAUUAAACAGAUGUCUUUCACUGUC